CAGGAAGGGUGGGAGUGGUGGGGGAAGCUCUCCCUUUAAGAGGCAGCUUGCAGUGACGAAUUGUUGAAAUUGCCAUUGCAGGAUGGCAUGCCGCUAUAAAUUCAUUGUUCCACCUCCUCGCAUCUUCACAGCGCUCGCGCUGCUCUCCGCGCUCGCAGCGGCCGACUGGGGAUGACGGCGGGCAGGAAGACACUGCAUCCGAAGGGACACGGACGCGCAGCUUCGCUGGCUCGCCGCAGGCCGCCCCUUGCAUUUUUGUUUUAAUUUUUAUGGCCUUUUUUCUUCUCUUCCUUCCCUUCCUCCCGGUUCCAGUAGAGUCAAGGAAACCCACAAAAUAAGAAAGGAAGCGGGCUCCGGAGCUUGGAACCCCUGCUGCCGGCGGGUCCCGAGCAGCAAGGGGGCUGGAGGCAGCACGCACCAGUUGCCCGCCUGGUGCGCGGCACCUUCCUUACUUUUCUCGGUGCCCCAAUCCUGGCUGGGGUUGGAUUGGGGUUUUUCCCCUUUUCUCGUACUUGCUGAAUCUCCACAACCCGGCUUUUUUCUUUUUCUUUUUCUUUUUUUCUUUUCUUUUCUUUUUUUUUUUUUUUUCCUCCUCUUUCGGGAGCACGAAUCCAAACAUUUUCCAAACCAACAAAGAAAAGUUCGCACGCUGGCAUCGCGGCCGGGACCGGCUGGCGCUGCUGCCGGGUCCCCCUCCCUCCGACACUUGACUCAACCUUGCAAGCAAGUGUAUGUGUGUCCCCACCUCCCGCCCCGGUUAACUUCCAGAGCGAAUAACAAAUACCCAUAAAGUCCCCGUCGCGCAGCCCCUCCCCGCGGGCAGCGCACUAUGCUGCUCGGGUGGGCGUCCCUGCUGCUGUGCGCGCUCCGCCUGCCCCCGGUCGCGGCCGGCGCCGCCGCGGCACCUGCCCAGGAUAAAGCCGGGCAGCCUCGGGCUGCUGCGGCGGCCGCCCAGCCCAGCCGGCGGCAGGGGGAGGAGGCGCAGGAGCCGGCCGAGCCUCCCGGCCACCCUCACCCCCUGGCGCCGCAGCGCAGGAGCCGCGGGCUUGUGCAGAACGUCGACCAGCUCUACUCGGGCGGCGGCAAGGUGGGCUACCUGAUCUACGCGGGCGGCCGGAGGUUCCUCCUGGACCUAGAGCGGGAUGGUUCGGUGGGCGCCGCUGGCUUUGUGCCCGCAGGAGGCGGGCCGAACGCGACCCGGCGCCACCGGGGCCACUGCUUCUACCGCGGCACGGUGGACGGCAGCCCCCGCUCUCUGGCCGUCUUUGACCUCUGCGGUGGUCUCGACGGCUUCUUCGCGGUCAAGCACGCGCGCUACACCCUGAAGCCGCUGCUGCGCGCGCCCUGGGCGGAGGCGGAGGCCGGGCGCGUGUACGGGGACGGGUCCGCGCGGAUCCUGCACGUCUACACCCGCGAGGGCUUCAGCUUUGAGGCCCUGCCUCCUCGCACCAGCUGCGAGACCCCCACGUCCCCGCCAGGGCCCCGUGAGCGCCCCCCGGCGCACAGCAUCCCGGACCGACGCUGGGCGCUGGCCCCGCAGCUCCCGGACCAGUCAGCUCCCUCGUCCGAUGGGAGUCAGGGACCACAGACGUGGUGGCGGCGGCGGCGGCGCCGCUCCGUCUCCCGGGCCCGCCAGGUGGAGCUGCUCCUGGUGGCCGACGCGUCCAUGGCGCGGAUGUACGGCCAGGGCCUGCAGCAUUACCUCCUGACCCUGGCCUCCAUCGCCAACAAGCUGUACAGUCACGCCAGCAUCGAGAACCACAUCCGCCUGGUCGUGGUGAAGGUGGUGGUGCUGGGCGACAAAGACAAGAGCCUGGAAGUGAGCAAGAACGCGGCCGCCACGCUCAAGAACUUUUGCAAGUGGCAGCACCAGCACAACCAGCUGGGGGAUGACCACGAGGAGCACUACGACGCGGCCAUCCUGUUUACUCGGGAGGAUUUAUGUGGUCAUCAUUCAUGUGACACCCUGGGAAUGGCAGACGUUGGGACCAUAUGUUCUCCCGAACGCAGCUGUGCUGUGAUUGAAGAUGAUGGUCUCCAUGCAGCCUUCACCGUGGCUCACGAAAUUGGACAUCUACUUGGCCUCUCCCAUGACGAUUCCAAAUUCUGUGAAGAAAAUUUUGGUUCCACAGAAGAUAAGCGCUUAAUGUCUUCCAUCCUAACCAGCAUCGAUGCAUCCAAGCCCUGGUCCAAAUGCACCUCAACCACCAUCACAGAAUUCCUGGAUGAUGGCCAUGGUAACUGUUUGCUAGACCUGCCACGCAAGCAGCUCCUGGGCCCCGAGGAACUCCCGGGACAGACCUAUGAUGCCAGUCAGCAGUGCAACCUGACCUUCGGGCCCGAGUACUCGGUGUGUCCCGGGAUGGACGUGUGCGCCCGCCUCUGGUGCGCCGUGGUGCGCCAGGGCCAGAUGGUGUGUCUGACCAAGAAGCUGCCAGCCGUGGAAGGGACACCAUGUGGAAAAGGGAGGAUCUGCCUGCAGGGCAAGUGUGUGGACAAGACGAAGAAAAAAUAUUAUUCAACAUCGAGCCAUGGCAGCUGGGGAUCCUGGGGGUCCUGGGGCCAGUGUUCUCGCUCAUGUGGGGGAGGAGUACAGUUUGCCUAUCGCCACUGCAAUAACCCCGCGCCCAGAAACAAUGGCCGUUACUGCACAGGGAAGAGGGCCAUCUACCGCUCCUGCAGUGUCAUACCCUGCCCGGCCAAUGGUAAAUCUUUUCGUCAUGAGCAGUGUGAGGCCAAAAACGGAUAUCAGUCUGAUGCAAAAGGAGUCAAAACAUUUGUGGAAUGGGUUCCCAAAUAUGCAGGCGUCCUGCCAGGAGAUGUGUGCAAACUGACCUGCAGAGCUAAGGGCACCGGCUACUACGUAGUGUUUUCUCCAAAGGUGACCGAUGGAACGGAAUGCAGGCCAUACAGCAAUUCCGUCUGCGUCCGGGGAAAGUGUGUGAGGACGGGCUGUGACGGCAUCAUUGGCUCGAAGCUGCAGUAUGACAAGUGCGGAGUGUGUGGAGGAGACAACUCCAGCUGCACAAAGGUGAUUGGAACCUUCAAUAAAAAAAGCAAGGGUUACACUGAUGUUGUGAGGAUCCCCGAAGGCGCGACUCACAUAAAAGUCCGACAGUUCAAAGCCAAAGACCAGACUAGAUUCACUGCCUACUUAGCCCUGAAGAAGAAAAACGGUGAGUACCUUAUCAAUGGAAAGUACAUGAUCUCCACUUCGGAAACCAUCAUUGACAUCAAUGGAACAGUCAUGAACUACAGUGGUUGGAGCCACAGGGAUGACUUCUUGCAUGGGAUGGGCUACUCAGCCACGAAGGAAAUUCUAAUCGUACAGAUUCUUGCAACAGACCCAACUAAAGCCUUGGAUGUCCGUUACAGUUUUUUUGUUCCCAAGAAGUCCACUCCAAAAGUAAACUCUGUCACUAGCGACAGCAGCAAUAAAGUGGGAUCACCCACUCCACAGCUGCAGUGGGUGACGGGCCCUUGGCUCGCCUGUUCUAGAACCUGUGACACGGGCUGGCACACCAGGACGGUGCAGUGCCAGGAUGGAAACCGGAAGUUAGCGAAGGGAUGUCUUCUCUCUCAGAGGCCUUCUGCAUUUAAGCAAUGUUUGCUAAAGAAAUGUUAGCCUGUGGUUAUGAUCUUCUGCAGAGACAACUGGAUGAUUCAUCACUGAUACAGUCGUGGUGAACACGAGGUCAACCGAAAUCACGGAAAGUCACACCUCAGUGUCAUUGUCAACAGGAGUCCGAUUAUGGGCAGAAUCUGCUCUCAGCGACCAAAUAAAGAUGUGCACUGCUUCAUGUGACAGUGGUGACCUUGGAAUAUAGAAAAACUUGGGAGUUAUUGAACAUCCCCUGGGCCUACAAGAAUACAAAAACACUGAUGAAUGUAGAAUCAGGGGACCUUUGAAGAUGGCAGAGCAGUCUCCCCCUUGUCACCUACCUCUUACAGAAUGUCUACAAAGGCAUCGUAAUCAUUUUCAUGCAUAUUAUUUACACAGUAGCUUAUUUUUACUGUUUGUAAAUACAUUCUUCCUUGGUAUG